AGCAAUCCGAUGGAAGCGCGAGAGGUUCAAUUUCGAACCAACGCGAUCACCAUCUGACUUCGCAGCUUCGAAUUAUUUUUAUAAAAAUGUAGCUUCUCUCCAGAUCCAAUAAAUUCACCAUCAAUAUGACAGAGCUAGCAAGCCGGAGUGGUGUUUUUGGUGGCUGGAGUGAAAAAUUCAGCACAUCUAAAAGGAGUCAACAACAUAAACUCCCUAAACUUAUCGGAAAUCCGGCGCUGGAUUAUGACUGCAUCAAAUGGCUCUGUAGCAUUGAUGGCCUAGGGGAGAGGGAUAGACCAUCUACAUCAGAUGCCCAUGACAUCUUUAUGCAAAACUACCCAAAAAUGUUUCAAAGGCCCCCAAAACUACUUUCCCUGCAAGUUCCUGAUAAAAGAAAACUGGACCACCGUCAGGCCAUGUCAAAGGAAAUUGUUAUACCUCAUGAUAAAGGCUUGUACCCUCAUCAGUGUGAAGGCUUUGAGGAACACUUGUGCAGCCACAACAUCUCACAUCACAUGUCAAAGCUCCACAAGCAUGCAUUUGUCCUUACGUCAGCAGCAAGUGUGUUCAACGCAAGGGUUCACUCUAUCAGGAAGAUCCUCAGAAAACUUCCAUUUGAGCGCAAGUCCAAGGAGAAUGAGGCCCUUUUCAAGCAUCUGCAAUUCUUCCCCGACCUUGCUGAUCAGGUUCCGCCUCAUAUUCUCAAGGAGCUCUGCGCAGUGGCCCAGAUGGACAGAUGGAAUGAGGCUGGGUGCACAGUAUUUGGAAAUACUGGUCUUCAUUUGGUUCUGAGAGGAUCCGUCGUGCCUCAAACAACGCCGUGUUUUUCUCCGGUCAGCUCCAAACAAAGCCGAGAGUUCCGCUCACCGACGCCCGUGUUUGGAGACCACGAGCUACGGAGAGUCCCAGGGCUUUCUGUUGGAGAUUGCUUCGGGACGUUAGACAAAAUCGAAGGAAGAGAAGCGAAUUCAAGAAUACUUUCCGUGUUAACACUGGAACCCUGCGAAUUCCUGAAAAUCUCAACUAAUGAUUACGCCAGAAUCAUUCAGAUCAUCAGUUCUCGAGAAGAAGAGAAGAAACUCUCGCUCGCCAAGACCUGCAAAUUGUUUCAAAGCUGGCCUAAGCUCUCUCUCAAAAAAGUCGCUGGUUUAAUAAGAUGGAGAAAAUUCCCACCGGGACAAGUGUUAGUUAAUGAGAGUGAACGGUGCGAGAUUAUCGGCUUCAUCAAGCGAGGAAACUGCGUCCUCAAACGCAUGAUAACCGUGGCGCACACAUUUCCAAACGGCAAAAAGGAAAAGCGCACCAAGCCUGUGGUAAUUGGUCGGUUGGGGCCUGGGGACUCGUUUGGGGAGACGACAGUGUUGAAGAACCGAGUGAUGCCUUGUAACGUGACCACAGAAUCCAUAGUGGAAGUGGGUACUAUAUCCAGUCUUGACGUCUACGAUCUUGACGAAGUAACCAAGUCUCUUCUGACGCAGUCCUACUUUGCGAUGGACAGUCACAUGUCUGAGGAAGAAAUACAAAAAGAGUACAUCGAGCAAGAGAAAGCUGAAGAGUGGAGUAAAUUUAAGAGAAAGGUCGUUAACGAAGUUCUCUACUUCCGAGCCAUUCAGCCUGGUUACAGCAAAUGGUCCCGCAAGCCGUCACAGCAUGAAGUCAAGAACUUCUGAUUGGCUCUUUCUGCAUUUUGGACGCCAUCCUAAUUGGACAUCCUGCCAGAAGCCAUUUCAGUGUUUUGUUUCGCGACGAUUUUGAUGACAGUGUUUUUUUUCUAAAUAGAAAUUUGCACAAGCUAGAUUUAGUAGUUUGUGUAUGUUUCUGUUUAGAAAAUUUCGAAAGAUAAAUAAUAGAUAAAUGGAUAAAUAAUAAUAAACCUCUCUGAGCCUAAUAUAUUUUUAUUGAACUAAUAAAUUUAAAAUUUGUUAUAGAAUAAGAUAGUUGGUUUAGUAAUCUUGUUUAUGUAUUCCCAUUAAAAAAUAAUAUAAGUCA